UUGCGACCCGCGCCUCACAUCACACCCCGCUCUGAGAUCAUACCCUACGACGCCCCACUGCGAAUCUCGUUGGGUUUUUGGGAAAGCAACCACCCUGGAAAGAAGGAGGAAAGCGGAGGAGAGGGAGAAAAACAAAAACAAUCAAAACAGACAAGGGUACCCGAAGGAACGGGCUGGCGAGAAAAGCAGCGCAAGGAGAGUGGCACAACAGACGGCUCGUCUCAGGCUGCGGCUCCCUUCCGCCAGCUCAUCGGCGCGCCCAACAAACCCGAGGCCACUCUGCCAGUCGGAGGAGCACUGCACAGGACAAGGGAAAGGAAGCAGAGGAGAGGACAGCCGACCGGCAUAGGCCAGGCUCAGGAGCUGCCCUGA